AUGUCUGGGCUCAAACAGGAUUAUCUGAUUCACCAUCGGAUCCGGCCCGCAUUGUCUGCCGACGCCGAAGGCCGCUUACCAGAAAAACUUCCGUCCAUCUUUGCCGACGCACUUGCCUUGACGCGCGCGUUAAACUAUCGCUACCUGUGGAUUGACCGCCUCUGUCUUCAGCCGUCCUUGACGCUGAUCAUCGCAGCUGACCAAGACACCCUUGGCGGAAUCCCUGGCGUCAGCAUCCCCCGGGGCGAUCAACUGUCCUUGAAUUUGAAGACGGCACUAUACACGACAACUCUGACGCGGCCCGAUCUCGAGGUCGCAUCUUCCAAAUGGGACUCUCGCGCCUGGACCUUUCAGGAAGGGCUGCUCUCUCGCCGCCGCCUCAUCUUUACUCCUUCGCAGAUGUAUUUCCAGUGCCGCGCUCUCCACUUUCACGAAAGCAUUUCGCUGCCUUUGCGACUUGCUCCCGAUUUCAAGCUUGGCCGGGUGUUUCCUGCCGGCGACGGAUGCCCCAAGCAGCCCGGCCGAUUCCAGGCCCUGAUCAGAGCCUACCUGUGCCGCGACUUGACCGACAAUGAAGAGAGGCUCGACGCCUUCCAGGCUUUGCUCGGGGAAAACGAUGGCAGGGACGGCCUCCGGGCGGCGCAUUUCCUUGGACUGCCGCUGUUCCAUCCAGACGUUUUUCUAGCGACCGGCGUGGUGAGCGAGACGGAUCGACUGGCCGCUAGCCUAGGGUGGAUUUGCGACUGGGCGACGAGCUCUAAAACGCCGACACCGCCGUCCUGCUACGCAAACAACUCAUAUCCGUCUUGGACAUGGCUGGCAUGGAACCUUGGAAGCGGGCACACCAUGGCGGAUAACAUGUUCUCCUUCAACCUGGUGGGAGACACAUCCCCGAUCCUCAACGGCGUCUCCGCUCCCCCCGCGAUGGAGAUAUCGGUAGGAUAUAAGGAUCAAACGGUUCUGUCUUGGGAAGUUGACCGCGACGCCAUAUCCCAAAAGAGCGGGGUCGCGACGUUUCUGCGCCUCAGGACGUUUUGCUUCGAUUUAGACGUCUCUGUCGACCAGCAGAGCAACCUGGUGACUAUGCAAGACGCGGCCCUGUCCAACGGAAACAGACUGGUCAUAGAAGCAAUGGUCAAGGCAGCUGUGCCGCGAGAUUCAGGCCCGAAAAAGCACGAGCGUCCCACGCAGGCGUACCGGCUGGUCGGUGUGUGCUCGUGUCAGGCAGAAACUGGAGCCGGAGCUCCGAGUGCGCCGCCACGGCCAUGA